AGAACCAUGUCCAGCAAAACCACCAUAAGGAGCCACAGCAGCAGCCACCGUGGCUUCAGUGCCGGCUCAGCCAGAGUCCCCGGGGUCUCUCGCUCUGGCUUCAGCAGCGUCUCCGUGUCCCGCUCCCGGGGCAGUGGUGGCCUUGGUGGAGUGUGUGGAGGAGCUGGCUUUGGCAGCCGGAGCCUCUACAACCUGGGGGGCUCCAAGAGGAUCUCCAUCGGAGGGGGCAGCUGUGGCAUCAGUGGUGGAUAUGGCAGCAGAGUUGGAGGUGGCUAUGGCUUCGGAGGUGGAGCCGGCAGUGGAUUCGGUUUUGGCGGUGGAGCUGGUGGUGGCUUUGGGCUCGGUGGUGGAGCUGGCUUUGGUGGUGGCUAUGGGGGCUCUGGCUUCCCCGUGUGCCCCCCUGGAGGCAUCCAAGAGGUCACGGUCAACCAGAACCUCCUCACCCCUCUGAACCUGCAAAUCGACCCCACCAUCCAGCGGGUGAGGACCGAGGAGCGCGAGCAGAUCAAGACCCUCAACAACAAGUUCGCCUCCUUCAUCGACAAGGUGCGGUUCCUAGAGCAGCAGAACAAGGUCCUGGACACCAAGUGGACCCUGCUCCAGGAGCAGGGCACGAAGCCCGCGAGACAGAGCCUGGAGCCUUUGUUUGAGCAGUACAUCAACAACCUCAGGAGGCAGCUGGACAGCAUCCUCGGGGACAAAAGCCGCCUGGACUCAGAGCUCAGAGGCAUGCAGGACACAGUGGAGGACUUCAAGAACAAAUAUGAAGAUGAAAUCAACAAGCGCACAGCAGCAGAGAAUGAAUUUGUGACUCUGAAGAAGGAUGUAGAUGCUGCCUACAUGAAUAAGGUUGAACUGCAAGCCAAGGUAGACAGCCUUACAGACGAGAUCAAUUUCCUGAGAGCCUUCUAUGACGCAGAACUGUCUCAGAUGCAAACCCACAUCUCAGACACUUCCGUGGUCCUGUCCAUGGACAACAACCGUAACCUGGACCUGGACAGCAUCAUCGCCGAAGUCAAAGCCCAAUAUGAGGAGAUCGCUCAGAGGAGCCGGGCUGAGGCUGAGUCCUGGUACCAGACCAAGUACGAGGAGCUGCAGGUCACCGCGGGCAGACACGGGGACGACCUGCGCAACACCAAGCAGGAGAUUGCUGAGAUCAACCGCAUGAUCCAGAGGCUGAGAUCUGAGAUCGACCACGUCAAGAAGCAGUGCGCCAACCUGCAGGCCGCCAUCGCGGAUGCGGAGCAGCGUGGGGAGCUGGCCCUCAAGGACGCCAGGAGCAAGCUGGAAGGGCUGGAGGACGCCCUGCAGAAGGCCAAGCAGGACAUGGCCCGGCUGCUGAAGGAGUACCAGGAGCUCAUGAACGUGAAGCUGGCCCUGGACGUGGAGAUCGCCACCUACCGCAAGCUGCUGGAGGGCGAGGAGUGCAGGCUGAAUGGCGAAGGCGUCGGACAAGUCAACAUCUCCGUGGUGCAGUCCACCGUCUCUGGCGGCUAUGGCGGUGCCGGCGGUGUCGGCGGUGGCGUAGGCCUGGGCGGAGGCAGCGGCUACUCCUACAGCAGUGGUCACAGCCUUGGAGGUGGCUUCAGUUCCAGCAGUGGCAGAGGCCUGGGGGGUGGCCUCAGCUCCGUGGGAGGCAGCAGUUCCUCCAUCAAGUACACCACCACCACCACCUCCAGCAAGAAGAGCUACAAGCACUGAAGUCCUGCCGCCAGCUCUUGGUCCCACAAGCCUCAGGCCCCUGUCUGGCUGCAGAGCCCUCUGCUCAGGUCGCUUGUCCUCUCCUGGCCUCCGGUCUCUCCUGCUCUCUGAGUGAGAGCCGAGGCUGGAUGCCGAGAGCCCUCACUGCUCCUCUCUGUCCACACCUGCCCCUCCUGAGCUUCCUUUGCUCACUAUCAUAAGGUCAAACUCUGGACUAACAUCAUGAUUCCAUCACCACUGGAGCUUCACUUGGUUAGUACAUUAUUCAUCUCUUGCCUGCCGAGUUCUAUCUCUGAGGCUGAGCAUUAGAACAAAAUUAUCUCUGCCACUUUUCAUUACUGAAAGUGCUGCCUGGGGCUUGUUCCAGAGUAGGGCAACUUGCAUUUAAUUCCCACUGGCCCCAAAUCUCCCACCUUACAAGUGGUGCAAACUUCCCUUCUAGCUCCCAUGAAGGCGCAAGUGACCAGUCCUAUGAUGUACAGAGUCUGUAUCCCUGUGAUGUUUCC